UCUAUAUCACACACAUCGGCUGUCUAAGUCUUCAGGAAUCUGCAUACCGACACAAGUCAGGAUGAGGUUAUUAGUUGUUAUCGCUGCUGUAUUGGUUGCGGCCAGUGCUGCUAGUCUUUCUUUGGAGGACAUGGAGUUUCAGGCAUGGAAAUUGAAAUUUGGUAAGAGCUAUGCGUCUGUGGCCGAGGAGACUCAACGUAAGUCGACCUGGUUGUCCAAUCGCAAACUGGUUUUGGUCCACAACAUGAUGGCAGACCAUGGCAUAAAGUCCUACAGACUUGGCAUGACGUGGUUUGCUGAUAUGGACAAUGAGGAAUACAGACGGACUGCGUUUCAUGGAUGUCUGAGCUCCUUCAACAGGACUAAGGCCCAUGGUGGUUCUACUUUCCUCCGACAGGAAGGGGGCGCUGUGCUGCCUGAUUCAGUGGACUGGAGGGAUAAGGGCUACGUAACUGAUGUUAAAGACCAGCAGCAGUGUGGAUCAUGCUGGGCCUUCAGUGCUACCGGUGCUCUGGAGGGUCAGACUUUCAGGAAGACUGGAAAACUGGUGUCCCUGAGUGAGCAGCAGCUGGUGGACUGCUCUGGUUCUUUUGGGAACAUGGGUUGUGGUGGAGGAUUAAUGGACCAGGCAUUCAAAUACAUCCAAGUCAAUGGAGGUCUGGAUACAGAGAAGUCUUACCCUUAUGAAGCCGAGGACCAUGAGUGUCGCUUUAACCCGAGUACCAUCGGUGCCACUUGCUCAGGAUAUGUAGAUAUCACAAGUGAAGAUGAAAAUGCACUACAGGAGGCUGUUGCCACGAUCGGCCCUAUAUCUGUUGCCAUUGAUGCUGGACACUACAGCUUUCAGCUCUAUCAAUCAGGUGUUUAUGAUGAGCCCAACUGCAGCAGCAUGGAUCUGGAUCAUGGUGUCCUGGCUGUUGGUUAUGGAACUAAGAAUGGAGAAGACUACUGGCUGGUCAAGAACAGUUGGGGACUGGACUGGGGUGAUAAGGGUUACAUCCUGAUGUCCAGAAACAAAAACAACCAAUGUGGCAUUGCUACUGCAUCCAGUUACCCUCUGGUUUAAUAGAAGCUCAGGAAGGGGCAUUGUGUGCCUGAAGCAGAUGAAAGGGAAAGUAAAUGUGAUACGUUUGAAUGAUUCUUCAAUAAUACCUCAUAAUCACCAUUUGUAAUUUAUUGACGUUACAAAAGGAAAUGCUUUUAACAAAAGCUGACUUUAGUCGUUAUUUUUACUUCAAAAUUCUUGACAUAGAACACUAUGUUAAUGUAUAAUAGUUAAUAAAAUCUUUUAAAAUAAAAAAAA